AUGACCUUCACGGAUCAUCAAGGUGAAGAGGAUACCCGGAUAUCCGGCUUUGAGCCUCUACUUGCACCGGAAUACAUUCAACACGAGAUACCUGCUUCAGCCACCUCCCUCGCAACCGUCUCAUCCGGCCGCCAACAGGUGAUUGAUAUCCUUGAACGACGAGACGACCGCCUCCUCGUAGUUGUGGGGCCAUGUUCGAUCCAUAACCCCGAAGAGGCGCUCGAAUUUGCAUCUCGAUUGCGCGACCUGUCCAAGAAGCUCUCCAUGGAUCUGUGCGUCGUCAUGCGUGCUUACCUGGAGAAGCCGCGCACAACAGUCGGAUGGAAGGGGCUUGUCAAUGACCCCGAUAUGGAUGAGACCUACAACAUCAACAAGGGCCUCCGUAUUUCCCGCCAACUCUACUCCGACCUCACAAACAUGGGUCUUCCUAUCGCCAGCGAGAUGCUUGACACGAUAUCGCCCCAGUAUCUGGCAGACUUCAUAUCAUUUGGAGCCAUCGGUGCUCGCACAACAGAAUCCCAGCUCCACCGUGAGCUCGCCUCUGGCCUUAGUUUCCCCAUUGGUUACAAGAAUGGCACGUCGGGGAAUGUGAACGUCGCAAUCGACGCUAUCGCCGCUGCUUCCAAGCCACACACAUUCCUUGGUGUGACCAAGCAAGGGAUGGCGGCCGUUACCCGCACCGCUGGAAAUGAGCAUGGUCUUGUGAUUCUCCGGGGCGGCUCACACGGCCCCAACUACAGCAAAGAACAUGUCUCCUCCGCGAAGCAAGUGUUGAGACAGAAGAAUCAGCGCGAUAACCUCCUGAUUGAUUGCUCACAUGCCAACUCAUCCAAAAAUUUCCACAAUCAGUCGCUAGUGGCUAUGGACGUCGCAAGUCAGAUGGUGAAUGGUGAAACCGCUAUUGUGGGCGUGAUGAUCGAAAGCAACCUCAACGAGGGAAACCAGAAAGUUCCCCCCGAAGGUCCUAGUGGUCUCCGACCUGGCGUUAGCAUCACUGAUGCGUGCAUUAGCUGGGAAACCACUGUGGAUGUUUUGCAAAAUCUGGCCAGCGCCGUCAGGUCCAGGCGGGAGUACUUACAGUCGGUGGCUGAAUGCACAAGCAAACCGACUUGGUUGGAGAGUCAAUCUGCAGGCAUUAUGGCCUGA